AUUAGUUUGUAUUUACGCAAAUUGCGUUAAGAUCACUGGCGAGCCUCCUCAGCUGGUUAGCCAAGUAUCCACUGAAAAAGAGAUGAGCAGGAAAACGAAAACAAUGUAUUCCAAGCUACAGAAAUAACGACAUAAAGGACAUUAAAACAGGUGGCAUGGCACACAGCAUCACCCACAAGACCAAGACUUUAUCCGGACCAAGUAGCUGUUUGACAAGCUAUUAGCUUUAUGAUUACAGGAGUCCAGAAACUCAAAAGCUUUCUAGCUGUGACCUAUACAGUAAAUAGAAUAAAUGAUAUAUCUUUUCAUACUUUAGAGUCAGAAAGAAAGCCUUUUAGCUCAUUUUGUUUUAUUUAUUUAUUCUUUUGUCAUGGUGGAAUAUUUUCCCUAAACCUAAAGCUGGUGUAGCUUCAGUUUCAUGUGGCAGUUUAGCGUGCUGCUAGCAACUUAUGUUGGCAUACUGGUCCGUUAUCCACCGUCAUCAUCUCUGGCCCCUACAAGGGGGUAAAAAUACAUUCCUAGUGCUGCCUCCUUACCUCAUCUUCUUUUUAUUUUCCUAACAUUCAUUCACCAACCACGCCCUCCCCACCCAAAAAUCAUCAGCUACACCUCUUUUUAGUCUCACCAGCCAUCAUCACUCUUUUUUUUUAUAGUACUUCAGUUGUAACUCAGAUCUACUUCUGUCCUUUGAAUCCAGCUUCUAUCCAUUCUACUUACAUCUUAAGUACCAUAAAUAAAUCCCACAGUUAGCGAGGGGUCAGGCCGUUGUUUUGGUGGUUGCUUUGGUUGCAUGGAAUCGGCCUAACCGUGGAGAGGCCAGGCUACCACAAACUGAUGGACUUUGACAAGCGAGGAGUAGGUGGAGGAGGUGGUGGAGGAGGAGGAGGUGGAGGAGGAAAGGGGGAGGCAGAGGAAGGAAAAAGAAUGUCUGGGAAGACAGGCAGCCGAUCAGGGCGGGGUGCUGGCUCCAACUCUGGGGUCCUGAUGGUCGGACCAAACUUCCGGGUUGGAAAGAAGAUCGGCUGUGGGAACUUUGGAGAGCUACGACUUGGAAAGAACCUUUACACCAAUGAAUAUGUGGCCAUCAAACUGGAACCAAUCAAAUCCCGGGCACCACAGCUCCACCUAGAGUAUCGCUUUUACAAGCAGCUGGGAAGUUCAGAGGGCGUACCUCAGGUGUUUUACUUUGGACCGUGUGGUAAAUACAACGCCAUGGUUCUGGAGCUUCUGGGACCCAGCUUAGAAGAUCUGUUUGACCUGUGUGACAGGACUUUCUCUCUAAAGACUGUACUUAUGAUAGCCAUACAACUGAUAACUCGGAUGGAGUUUGUCCACACCAGAAGCCUCAUCUAUCGCGACGUAAAGCCAGAGAAUUUCUUGGUAGGCCGACCAGGGUCUAAACGACAGCACACCAUUCACAUCAUAGAUUUCGGCUUGGCCAAAGAAUACAUCGACCCAGAGACCAAGAAACACAUCCCAUACAGAGAACACAAGAGUCUUACUGGAACAGCCAGAUACAUGAGCAUCAGUACUCAUCUGGGAAAAGAGCAAAGCAGACGGGACGACCUGGAAGCUUUAGGCCACAUGUUCAUGUACUUCCUGAGAGGCAGUCUGCCCUGGCAGGGACUAAAGGCCGACACUCUGAAAGAGCGAUAUCAGAAGAUAGGAGACACCAAGAGAGACACACCGAUAGAAGUCCUCUGUGAGAGUUUUCCAGAAGAGAUGGCCACCUACCUGCGGUAUGUGCGUCGGCUGGACUUCUUCGAGAAACCAGAUUAUGACUAUCUGAGAAAACUCUUCACGGACCUGUUCGACAGAAACGGAUACAUCUUCGAUUACCAGUAUGACUGGACUGGAAAGCCACUGCCCACUCCAAUUGGUCCGGUGGCCACGGAGACGCCACUUCAGACGAGCAGCCAGCAGAAGACAACGCAGACCAAAAACCAGUCUCCAGAGGGGAAAGGCAGUGAGUCUCAACCCACUCCAGUCACCAAUCGAGAACUGCUGGGCUCCCAUCUUACAGCUGAUAGGCUGGGCGGGUCUGUCCAGGUGAUGAGUUCCACCAAUGGGGAGCUGAACACAGACGACCCCACUGCUGGACACUCCAACGCACCAAUCACAGCCAACGCAGAGGUGGAAGUUGCUGAUGACACCAAGUGCUGCUGUUUCUUCAAGAGGAGAAAGAGGAAAGCUCUCCAGAGGCACAAAUGAAAACCAGGAGAUGGAAACCUCCAUUUUCUUUCCGUUUUCUCCCUUCUCUCUGGCUCUUUCUCCCAUCAUGGUCCUUAAACCUGUUCUCCUGCCAUCCCUCGCACCUCUGCUGAAGGAGUCUCUGUAGUCCGCCUUCGGCCAGCCCAGCUGGUCUAGUGGUUUCUACUGCUCUGGAUGGAGGAGGGGGAUGGGAACAUUUUGACCACAGAUUUUAAAACGGUGGACUGAUGGUCUCCGACCAGCACAGCCGCUGUAACUCUGACAGGCUGGAUUUAACUGCUUUACUGGAGUUUUUCUUUUCUUCUUGCGUACUGACUGGCUCAGAGGAGAAUGACCUGUAUUUCCAAGGAGUGGACGAGAUGAGCGACUGAUGGACCACAUGUUGACGUACACCUUUAUAAACCACGCUACACACGUUUCUUAGCUCGUCAGAGACUUGGUGGACAUGAGGACGAAGCAGUUCAGCUGUUGCACACCGAGCGGCUCGGUCUACUUCCUGCAACGGACUGGGUUUCAUGUGUUUCUCAUUCACUCUUAAAACCACCAGAAUCAAAACUUUAAAAAAGAUGUUUAUGUAAAAUCUCUGCUUUGUUUUCUCCAUUUUAAUUUGUUACUAAAAACGAUUGUUCUAUUAAAGCUUUUCUUUUUCUUC